AACAGAACCAAAUCAUUUUCAAUUUUUCCUUCAUUUAAUACUCAUGGACCAACAACCAAAUGCUACUAAUAGUACUAGUGUCGAACCCCAUUGCUUAGAAAUAACCAUGGAGAUACACAAGGUUGCACCACCGCCUCGGAGAAGCUCUCUGGAGAAGCUCAAGAACAGACUCAAGGAAACCUUUUUCCCUGAUGACCCUUUGCGCCAGUUCCAAGGGCAGCCACUGAAGAAAAAAUGGAUCCUUGGAGCUCAGUACCUCUUCCCUAUCCUUCAAUGGGGUCCUAAUUAUAGCUUCAAACUCUUCAAAUCCGAUCUCGUCUCAGGCCUCACCAUUGCUAGCUUAGCCAUUCCUCAGGGCAUCAGUUAUGCUAAACUUGCUAGUCUACCUCCCAUUGUGGGUCUAUAUUCGAGCUUUGUGCCUCCUCUGGUGUAUGCUGUACUGGGGAGCUCAAGGGACCUUGCAGUAGGGCCAGUUUCCAUUGCAUCUCUAAUACUGGGAUCCAUGCUCAGACAAGAAGUGUCCCCCUCCAGUGAUCCUACCCUGUUUCUUCAACUUGCCUUCACCACUACUUUCUUUGCUGGUCUCUUUCAAGCUUCUUUGGGAUUAUUAAGGCUUGGAUUCAUCAUUGAUUUCCUUUCAAGGGCAACUCUGAUAGGCUUUAUGGCUGGAGCUGCCAUCAUUGUGUCUUUACAGCAGCUGAAAAGCCUCCUCGGAAUCACCAAUUUCACUAAACAAAUGGGUCUGGUUCCAGUCCUUAGCUCUGCUUUUCACCACACCAACGAGUGGUCAUGGCAAACAAUAUUAAUGGGGUUUUGCUUCCUUGUGUUGCUGUUGGUGGCAAGGCAUAUUAGCAUGAGAAGACCAAAGCUGUUCUGGGUCUCAGCUGGAGCCCCUCUGGUGUCUGUGAUCAUCUCUACCCUCCUGAUUUUUGCAUUCAAGGUUCAGCUUCAUGGAAUCAGUACUAUUGGAAAAUUACAAGAAGGGUUAAAUCCUCCUUCAUGGAAGUCGCUGCAGUUCCAUGGAAGCCACCUCGGAUUGGUGAUCAAAACAGGGCUUAUUACUGGCAUCAUCUCACUCACUGAAGGCAUUGCUGUGGGAAGGACUUUCGCUGCUAUAAAGAAUUACAAAGUGGAUGGUAACAAGGAAAUGAUGGCAAUUGGAUUGAUGAACAUGGUUGGCUCCUCCACAUCUUGUUAUGUCACAACAGGUGCUUUCUCGCGGUCAGCUGUCAAUCACAACGCAGGAGCAAAAACUGCAGUGUCUAACAUAGUAAUGUCGAUUACUGUCAUGGUGACUUUGCUCUUCCUUAUGCCUCUGUUCCAGUACACGCCAAAUGUUGUGUUGGGGGCUAUCAUAGUCACAGCAGUAGUUGGCUUAAUAGACAUUCCAGCCACCUAUCAAAUAUGGAAGAUUGACAAAUUUGAUUUCCUUGUGGUGCUCUGUGCAUUCUUUGGUGUCAUUUUCAUCUCAGUCCAAAAUGGCCUUGCCAUUGCGGUUGGACUAUCUAUCUUCAAGAUCCUCCUGCAAGUGACUAGGCCAAAGACAGCAAUGCUGGGGAACAUACCUGGAACAGCUAUUUAUCGAAACCUUGACCAUUACAAGGAAGCCAUGAAGAUCCCUGGUUUCCUUAUUUUAAGCAUUGAAGCCCCAAUCAACUUUGCCAACACAACAUAUCUGAAUGAGAGGAUUUUGAGAUGGAUAGAAGAAUAUGAAUCAGAGGAAGAUCUAAAGAAACACUCAACUCUCCAAUUUGUUAUUUUAGAGAUGUCAGCUGUAAGUGCCAUCGACACAAGUGGAAUCUCCCUCUUUAAAGAGUUGAGGAAAGCAUUGGAAAAGAAGAGUAUUGAGCUUGUGUUGGUGAAUCCUUUGGGCGAGGCGUUGGAGAAAUUGCAGAGAUCAGAUGAAACCGGCGAUUUUACCAGACCAGAUAGCUUGUUUUUGACGGUGGGAGAGGCUGUUGCUUCCCUUUCAUCUACGAUAAAAAGCCAAUCAUCAAACCAAGUAUGAAUUAGAAAGAAUGUACCUAACAGUUGCUUGUUAUUAUAUCCUUCUGCAUAAGAGGAUGUCAAAAUAACAGAAUGCAGAUCAGAGCAUUCUCGAGUCUUUUUCGUUUGUAUAAAGGAAAUGGAAAAAGAUACUUCGAAGAUUCUCAACUAAGCUCUUAUUGGUAAAUGUCCUUUCAAUCUUGCUAAUGCACAAAGUUGGAUAUGAUCUUACCAGAAAAUUAGGUGUAAUUCAAGUAUUGAACUAUUCCUUCCUGGACCCAUUAAAAAGGGAUUACAGGU